CUGGACAUGAGAAUGAAAAUAGCAGAAGGUAAAUUUCAUGAAGGGAAGCUGAGGCUGCAGCAGAAACAUGAUGCUGAUGUUCAAAAGAUUUUGGAUAGGAAGAAUAACGAAAUGGAGGUGUUGAAGUCUGUCUACAAAAAGAAACAAGAUGAAGCUGAAGAGACAAUUAGGAACCUGGAGAAAAAAGUUCAGACCCUUGUUCGUGAGUCACAAGUUGUCAGGGAAGCGAAAGAGCAGCAGAUUGUGGAGCUGAAGAAGAUGUGUGAGCAAAGUAAUGAUUCCUUGAACAAUGAGUGGGAGAAAAGGCUUCACGAUGCUGUGGCUGAAAUGGAGAAGGAGAAGUUCAAUAUUCAGAAGAAGCACAUGGAAGAUGUGCAGGAGCUGCUUGAGAAAACCGACGCUCGUGUCAGCAAGAUGCAGGAGGAGUAUUUGCAGCAGGCAAAGUCAGCUAUAGGUCUUAUGGGGAAACUGGGGGCUCGUGUCCAGCAGUUGACUGUGGAGGUUGAAAAUAGCCACGUGCAAUGUCAGAAAUUAUCUCAGGAAAAGGCUGAGGCCGAGGAGCGAUACCAGGCCGUGUGCUCCCAGCUCCAGGAGCUGCAAGCAAGGUACAACAUACUUCAGAAAGACAAGGACCGUGUUAUGCAGGAAUACGAGGAGAACGUUCAGCGACUACAAAGUAAAUUUGAUGUUGAUAGAGAUUUCUUAAAGCAGGAACAUGCUCUCUCUGCAGCUAAGACCUCCAGUUUGAUUGAAGAGUUACAGAGGAGUGUGGCUCUGCUGAAACAACAGUUGCAAGAGGCAGAACGUCAAAAGCAGCAACAGCUGAGGGAUAAUGAGUUCCACAUCUGUAAACUUCACUUGGAACAUGUGUAUCAGAAGCAGAUUGAUGGCAUCCAGAGUGAUCUUGAUAAAGAAAGAGGAGAUGCUAAAAAGAUAAUUCACAAGCUGGAAGAGACUUUGAAGGAGAAGGAGGAGCAGCUGAGGCGGGUGACGGAGGUACAGAGGCUGCAGGCCCAGCAGGCAGGCGCUGCCCUGGAGGAGUUUAAGCGGCAGGUGGAGCUGAACUCAGAGAAAGACUCUGCUGAAAUGAAACAGCGGAUGGCAGAGGUUGAAGCAGAUCUAAGCAGAUCAAAAUCGCUCCGGGAAAAGCAAGCCCAGGAAUUCUCCAGGCAGAUGGAAGAGCUCAAGCAAAGAUAUGAACAACAGAUAGUGGAGCUGAAGCUGGAGCAUGAACAGGAGAAGACGCACCUAUUCCAGCAGCACAACGCAGAGCAGGACUGCCUGGUCCGAGACCAUGAACGGGAAAUCAAGAAACGGGACAGACAGCUCCGCGCUACCAUGGCAGAGCACCAGAGCCAAAUUCAAGAGAGCAGGAAGAGAGAGGGCCAGGUUAUCUGUAAUUUGGAGAACCAAAACCACAAGCUGAGGGAAGAGCUUAUUGAGGUAACUGCUGUGCACAACCAGCAUCUGCUGGAGCUGAGCCGUCAGCGGGAUGAGGAGAAGAGGAAAGCAGCUCGAGAGCAGGAGGCACUGGUGAAAAAGCUGAAGGCAGAGACAGAAAAAAUGAUACUCGACCUGAAAAAGACUCAUACAGCAGAGAUGGAGAAGGUAUUGAACAAAGCCAACAACCAGCUGAAGCAGGCUGAGAAGGAGUACAGCCAGAAGCUGACCAAAUCCUCGCAG